UUUUUUUUUGAUAUUUAUCCAAAAUCAUUAAAAUUACUAUUACUAAAUUAUCAAAUUAUCCUAAUUAUUCUAUUUCGAAGGUUGAACAUUAUGGUUACACUGAGUCCCAUAUCCUUUCAGGUUUCGGUUCGAGACGAAGCAUUGCAAGAGAAGAAUUCUUACUUUAUCAAGACCUAUGUGAUACUGUUUUGUAUGAGUGCUAUUAUUGUCGGCAUCGUUCAAGUGGCUCUCGUCCGAAGAAUGUUCCGAGUCGACACAUCACGUAUUCGAAUCUAG